GUAGUUUAGAGCUUCUCAGGCGGGAAAAGGACGCACGGUAUGUAAGGCCCUCUAUGAACUGGACCUAGAAAAAAUGUCUGUUCGUGCAAUGUGCUAUGAAAGUCAGCUGUUUGAGUUCACACCGCAGACAUGCAUACUCCGAGUGUACAUCGCUUUUCAAGACUACUUGUUUGAGAUGGUCUUAGUGGUUGAAAAGGUCAUCAUGAAGAAACUGGAGAGCAUGCAGGGGAACAAAAUAAGCCAUUUCCGGGUUCGACAGAGCACAGAAAAGUAUCUUCAUUUCAUGAGAGAACGUUUCAACUUCUUAUUCCAGAAAAUGGAAACAUUUCUUUUAAAUCUAGUUCUUAGUAUACCCAGUAAUGUUCUGUUGUUGGAAGAUAAAGUCCACUCUCAAUACUCUUACAGUAAAGAAGAAUUUGAGCAUCUCCAAGCUGAAACAGAAAAUCUAGAAAAGAAAUGCAAAGCAGAAAGCCUGGCAACACAGAGACUUUUGGCAGAACUAGAGGAACAGAAACAUGUCCAAGCUGAACUGGAGAAGAUAUUAACUUGGUUUAAGGGCCUUGACAAAAUAUGUAGAGAGCACGGAAACAUAGAUUUAAAGGAAAGCUUUGGUUUUAUGACUCAGACGACAAGGAAGCUACAGGACACGGUAACAGAAAUCGAUAUGAAACAUAAAAAAACCAAAGUGGACGGGUCUACUCUGACUCCAAUUUGUCCUCGAAAUAGAAAAGGGAAGUAAGAGCAAGGUGUGUUUGGGGCUUGUGACACCUGUAUAAUUUUAAGCAUUUGAAUACUGCAUUAUAAAAAUGUAUGUAUUUCUUUUUGUGUAUAUAUAUGUAUAUAGUCUGUAUAAACUAAGAUAGCAUUCAAAUGGUAAAUGUAUUCCUGAUGGCUUAAUAUUCCUAGUAUUUAUGAUAUGCAAACUAUCCCUACAUGAAAAAAGUUAUGAGAAGCCUUGACAUAUUAGAAAAAUAUGCAACUGCCAUUCAUGUAUUGUAUGCAUCUGACUGGAAGAGAAAAUGCCAUAGAUCUUAUGCUGAUAAAGCCCAGAAGUGGAUGGAUAUAAGGAUAUUUAUAGAAUACUGACUUUAACAUUUUACUAAUUAGAAGGAUUUUGUAUUACAUAUUAAAAAGGAAGCAACUGAAAUGAAGUAGCUUAAAGAGAUACUGACACCAGAAAUUUUUUUUUUUUUACAGCUAUCAUAAUAUUGCAUUUGAAAGCUACUUUUAACUUUGCCAUAAAGUAUUUGCACAAUGCCUUUACAUUACCUGUCUGAUGCCCCAUGUUGCUGUAUGAGGGGGCUGCCAUAUCUGUGCAGCAGGAGUCUGUUGGAAACUUUUAACUGACAGUCUGAGAUGGGACAGUCAGGUUGGCAAAAGUCAGGUUUAUAAACUUCAACUAACAAUAACUUAGAUAAACAAACCUCUCCGCAAAAAAUGAUCAACAUGACCUAUAGGUAACAUUUAAUGUACAUUUAGAUUUUAAAAAGUAUUUUUUUAGUAUCAGUAUCACUUUUACUGGACAAUUGUGAUAUUAAUUUUAAACUUUCUCCAAAACCUUUGUAUAAAUUGUUCUUGAUUAACCAUUCCAUUUAAUAAAAUCAGUUUGGGUGUUGUUUUCAUAAAGCCAUACGUGCAUACAAUAUUCUUUAUAAAAGAUGACCAAAUGGAUACUUCUGUAGGUGGCCGUUUAAAGGAUUUUUGAUACAGGUAUGGUAUGCCUUGUCCAGAAAACCAAUAUUCAUAAAGUUCCAAUUGACAGGCAAGCCAUCAAUCCAGAUAAUUAAUAUUUUGCUUAUUUUCUGUGAUAAUAAAACCACACCUACACUGC